AACCGUUUCUAAAAGGGCUUCUAAAUUUAACAACCGGUUCUAGCGAACCGGUGCGAACUGGCUGCAGCUCACCACUGGUUGAGGUUCUAAUCUCAUUAACCUUUUCAGUGAGCCUGACUGCUCGUGAUGAAAUCCAGGGAAAUUUAACUUUUAACUUGAUUUCCAAAGGCAGCAGAGGUAGGCCAAACAGAAAAAGACUUUGGCGCCUAACUCCCAUUCAAAUCAAUGGGAUUUAGGCACCAUCUUGAAUGCCACCCUAAAUGCUUCUGCAAAUCCCUCUUACGUCUCAAGUGCAGGAGCCCUCCUACUUGCUUUCGCCAUGCCAGAUCAGUAAGUAGAUGCAACUCCAUUCUCAGUCGGUCUCAGCCUUUGGCUGCUCUUCCGCCGAAGGGGAAGGGCUGCAGACAAGGGAGAGACCACUGCUUCUCCCUGGGGGCAGUUGGGGAAGGAGGUCACAAGUUUCAGGACUUGUCCACACAUGAAAAUUAAUCCAGAAUAAGGUAGGGUGCGAGUUUAAAGCAGAUGAAGACCGUCCACACAUGGAGAUAAUCAAGAGUAGCUAUUCUGGAAUCGCUCCCUGUGCAGACAAGCCCACAGGGUAUUUCUACACUACAGCUGCUACAGGAGAACGACAGUGCAGUAGCCGUGCCACAGCGUAGACGCCUCUGACAUCAAUAGAAGAUGUUUUUUCAUCAAUGUAGUUAAUUCGAGAGGUGGUAGCUAGUUCAAUGGAAGAAUCCUUCUGUCAACCUAUCCGUGUCUACACGGGGAGUCAGUUUCCUGUCUAUAGAAGCAGUGCAAACUUCUUCCCAUGCUGCCCUACCAGCAUUCCUCAGUCCUGGCUUGGAGGAGGCAAAGAGGCCCACUCGAUCCUUACCUCCCUCUGCGGAGACCGCCAACGGUGGUUGUGUGUGGGAGUGGGAGAAGAGAGGGCAGUUUAGAUUACUGACCCCUGCUCACCAGGAACUUGAUUCAGACCCACCAAGCUCAGUUCACAAAGCGACUGAGCAGCCUUCAGGCAGCAAUGGGUCAAGAUGGCCCUCAGACAAAAUCCCAGAUAACUUAGCCUAUUGUGCCCAUCUCUAGCAAUUCUUUUCACUCAUGACCAGCCUGGACUGGAAGCUGGUCACAUGAGCACUCUGGGGCCUCUUGGAAAUCCGACUCCCAAGCUUUUGGAGGUGCUUUCUAGACUGCCCUUAUGUAGCAUAAGGUGAGCGAGGUAACCGCUUUCAUUGGACCCACACAGCUACAAGAACUCUGCCAACAACCAGGGAAGAUCUCGAAUUUUGCUGCCUGAAAUAGAAAUGCCACAACAUGAAGAAAAAGGAAGCAUUACUUCCGAGAGAGAAGUUGGUCCAAUAAAAGGGAUUACCUCAUCCACCUCUCUCUAAGAUCAUGGGACCAACACUCAAGCAACAUGUUAGUUGCCAGCUAUGAAAUUAUUGAUCAGCUUUAAAAUCUGCCUCUGCAGCCCCCUGUCUGAUUACCCUGGAUUUUGAGGUUAAUGCCUGACACCUGACCAGCUUAAUAAACUGAGUUUAUUAUCAGAUUAGGAACUGAAGACAUCUGCUCCAUUGGCCAUCUGGUAAAUCUGAAGGAGUCUUCAAGUGGGAAGCAGAAGGAGAGAGCAGAGGCCAUCCUUUCAGCAGCCUGUACAGAUGUAUCUCUAAAACUUCUCAGCAUUUCGGAAAGGAAAAAGCCUUCACCCCAGUAGUUGCAGGGCAACAUGGCUCAAGAUCUCACAGAAAAAGAACUGCUGAAGAUGGAACUUGACCAGCUGAAAAAGGAAGUGAAGAAUGAGAGGGAAAUGGUCUCCAAGACGGGCAAAGAGCUCAAGGAGUAUAUAGAAUCCAUGGCAGCAGAGGACCCUCUUUUGAAAGGUGUUCCUGAGGAUAAGAAUCCUUUUAAGGAGAAGGGAGGCUGUAUACUUAGUUGAUCCCCACCAUUCACAGACAAACUUCGGACCCUUUCCUCCUACAAAACCAAGACUGUGAGAAUUUUGCUUACCACUGUAGUGUGAUCUUUCCAUUGGGUGGGGCAGCCCUUUUGAAAUGCAGUACAUCUAUGGGACGAAAAAAAGGGAUAUUUGAGACGUACUUAAAUUUAGCAGCAAGAAGGCAGCCUUCUUCUCUAGGGCCUCACAGCUGAUUUCCAUUUAAUUUAAUAGACAUACACAUUUGUUGAACUCGCUGCACUUCUAUCAAUCAACACUUAAAUCAGGCAUUAAGAAAACCCUGAGACUAAUAAAGCUUAACUUCAGACUUGACCUCUCUAGCACAAGGUGGAAGUCAAUUCCACUUGACUUGUUGGGUGACUGUGAGCAAGUCACUUAACCUCUGUGACAGAGUUUCCCCACCUGUAAAACAGGGAUAAUAAUGCUUGCUCGCCUUUGGCAAAGCACGUAGAGAUCUAAGUUUCAAUGGUGCUAAGUAUUAUUAUAACUAUCACGCCCAAGGAUUUUAGGGGAACUGAUAAACUGACAUAUUUACUCUGUCCACAUUCCAGGCUACCAGUUACUUGGAUGUUGCUCCUUUAUUAAUUACAUUAUUUGGGGAGAGACCCUCCCACCCCCCACCCCGUCUGCCCCCAGCAAUGCGCUCAGAUCACUACGCAAGAACAAAUAUUUAAUACAGAUGUAAUUUAACCAUUUAAAACACAAACACCCUCUUAGAAUACAAAUUGAGUCUGGUGUGGGGUAUGCAGGAGAGGAAGAUAAUAAGGAGCCAAUCGUAAGCAUUGACGGGGAAAGGCACCACAAAGAAAUGUUUGCAGGGAGAUUUUUUAGAAGUGGGGAACGAUCUAGGCCUCAAUUCCAGAUCUUAAGAGCUGCCACUGUGAUAACUUGACCAUCUGCCAGCCUGAAAUGUGCAGCAUUUUCCUAUAUGGCACACAAGUGAGCUAAGUUUGCAAGCGACUUGUUCAGAGCCCUCUUCUCCCUGCCUUUCCUUCCCCCCCAUCUUCUCUGAGGCUGGGCAGAUUCCUUUACAGCAGGAGAGAGCAGUGAGGAGGUGGAUGUUGGGAGCUGUGCUGGAACUAUGGUUGUUUUGACCAUCAUUUUAAUUUUGGCAUUCACCUGCGUUCAUGUCGGUAACAGCCAGAGUCCUCUGCUCACCUCUUGGGAGUUUGAAGGCCUGUGGAUUAACAGAACUGAGGGAAUGUGGGUGAGGGAGAAGGGGGAGGGGAAGCAAGAUGAUGACAGGAAGGCUCAGAGCUGUGGAAAUGGGUAAUAACCUAGGGGGGGAAAGGCUCCAUCUGCUCAAACCUAGCCUGUGGUGAUAGUGAGAGUUAUUCCUCAGAUUGCAGUUCCAUGGCUUGGGUGGUAUUAGCGGGUGGAUCUCAGUCAAAUCCCCAGUGGUCAAGUACCCCUAAGCUGCCCCACAUUUAGCACUAACUUUCUAACAGGCUCAGCACUAAAUGAGCUAUAGUGUGAGACUGAGCCUCCUACAACAGAUUUGAGGCAUUGGCAGGGCAGCAUGAGGCACUCACCUUGCCAUCUCCCGUGCUGUUACCCGUCCAACAGAUGAAGUGUAUCCAUCUGCAACCACCAAUGCUGAAAUGUUCCAAGAGCCAAUGUGGUUAUGGGUGUCUUCAUUUUUUGGGGAGCCCCCCCCCAAAAAAUGAUUUGUGCAGUAACCUAAAUCAACAGAAAAAAAUGUAUAUUGAAAAUAAGACAGCGAGGAAUCCAAGCUUCCUGAGGCAGAGCUGUCUACACCACUACCGCUUCCCCUUUGAGUGAGACGUGUGGCCAAGACCACGACUCAGACCCCUGCUGCAUCCUGUGAUUUCUCUGUAAUAGUGUAUUUGAUGUUAAAGGAUAUGAAACACUUUACUUCAGAGGUACAAAAGAUAUGUUUGAAGCAGGCACAUAUCAGUGUAAGAUUUAGUAGCAUUAAAGACAAUAAAGGCUUUUUCAGUGAAGGAAUUGUCCAUUCUCUUCCCUCCCGUAUAAAACCCAACUGACACGUGGGAAGAGGUGGCAGGGUUAUCUUUUGGUGCCUGUUGUAGCAAUUCUGCAUGUCAAGUGUUUGUGCUGGAACAUGCCAAAGUACCAGCUUCUGAUACUUUUGUGGCAAAGCAGAAGUCGCAUCAGGACUGGCUUAGUCAGCACCAUGUACGAACAAAUCUCUGUAGUUGGCCAUUUGACUUGCAUGAUUUCUGUCUGCCAAGCCACCACUCGCACUAACUUGAGGCUCAGUCCUGACCACUGCUGAACCUCAUGGGAGUGGAAGGGGGCUCAGCCUUCUCAGGAUCAGGCCCUACAUGCAUCAUAAAGGAGCCCAGCUCCCAUAGAAGAGAUGAGUGUGGGGAGGGGGAAUAACAUGUAACUAAUUUAUUAAGCCAAAUUGAGAAUUAUGCAUUUCCUCAGUAGCCGACAUCAUCCUGCUCAAUGUCUUGUAUGCAAUUAGCAGAUGUUUUGUUCAUUCUGUUGUGGACUAUAAAUAAAUCUGCUGAAUAUUUUAAACAUU